AUGCAGUCCAGAUUAGCAAUCGCCGCGGCGAGGCUCAACCGCCUCAUACUCUCCAGCAGCCAAAAGCACCAUCUGACUCAACGGCUUGGCUGUACCACAACCACCGGCCGAACUGCUGAUCCCGCUGAGCACGCGGUAGAUCACGACGAGGUGUACCCAACGGAAGCCAUAGAGGACGAAAAACGCCGCCGCCCUCGGCCAGAACACGACGAAGCUACCGUGGACAAGGACCACCAACCUUACGUCACCCCAAAAUCACCAAUCGAAUCUACUCCGAAAAUCGAACACCCCGGAAUCGGGCCACAAACCAAUCCUAUUCGACAGCAAAAGCGCCGGAUCUCCGCAAACUCCAGCGAGAUCGGCUGCUCCGCCGGGCCGGAGGCGCCAAAAGCGGCGGAGACUGAUCCGAAAAGGCAGGAGGAGGAGCAGAGAGAGGACAACGUGGAGUACUUCAAGCACCACAAAGCCUCGCCGUUAUCAGAAAUCGAGAUAGCCGACACGAGAAAACCGAUCACCCGAGCAACCGAUGGAACGGUACAGAACGAGACCGUGGGGAAAGAAGGGAUGGGAUUUGUGGUGUGGCGGCCGGAACAGCUGGACACGGCUGAGGAUUCGCUCAGAAGGGCGGCGGAGAUUUUCCGGUGGAAUGCGGUGAGGGGAGAUCCUGAUUCCCCACAUGGAAGGGUACUUAGAGAGCUUCGCGGUGAAUACUGGUGA